AUAUUGCAGCUUUCUGGCGCAUUACUACUGCUGACGGUGCAUCUAGCAUUAGGAAAUCUGGCUGCUGAAAGUACUGUAACUUCAGCUAAACUUAUCAAUGCUCCACCACCCCCACCGCCAACCACAUCGCUCGGAAGUCUCUACCGCAGUGCUAGAGAUGAGUACAGCUCCAGAAGACACUGUGCCAACUGUGGACCCGGGUAUGAGAGAGACAUGCGAAGCUACGGACGCCAGACUGGAGUGACAGGGUACUACAGUGGUAUGGGCGCAAUCGAAGACGAUCGUAACUGGUACUAUCGACCGGAAACUUUUGAUGAUCGUUACCGUGGUGGAGCGAUGCAAUCUGCUUAUGCUGGCGCGUAUCGACCACCUGCGUACAUGGGAUACGAGUAUGAUCGUUACAUGAACCGUCCAGACGAUAGAGGAUAUGGUUAUGGAUAUUCUGGUAUGGCUAUGAGGACCGGUUACUACGAUGGAGGUGCUAGUAGGAUGCCUUACUAUCCGGAGAUGAUGCGCGGCUACGGUUACCGUGGCAAUGGAUACGAUAAUCUUGAUCCUCACUACGAAUAUUACAUGACCCAACGUGGCGGUUCCAUUGGAAUGAGCAACAGAGAUCGUUACUCGCAAGGCUAUUACGAUGAUCGCAUGAGCUACGGUGGACAGUAUGAUCACAAGAAUUUCCGACCAUGGGAUCAAACGUACAGAGGAAUAUCUGGUUUUGAUAAUUCUGGACGUGGUUAUUAUUUUGCAAGUCGUCCCUUGACAUCAUCCUCCUCAUCACUACCACCUUCAUCACCUUCAUCAUCCCUGUCCGCACAUGCAUCAUACCAUGUUCAAUCACACCCGGCGCCGGAACCGAGCUACGGUGCUGCCCAUUCCAAUGGUCACGAACCAUCCGGUCAUCCAGCAGCCAACUAUCGUCCGGAUGGAACGCAUCACUAUCAACAGCAGCCCCAGCAACAUGGAUCGGACCGACCUGACUAUGUACCUUCGGAUGUGGCACCAAACUGUUGCAGGAAUCGCUAUCCAGAAACUUCCUCGUCUCAUGCACAUUCCAAUCAAGGCGGUUCCUAUCCAUCUCACAGCACUAGUGGGCCAAGUGCAUUCAGUUAUGGUGGGGGAGAUAGUGCCCACAGACCCUCUGGUGCGGGUGGCAGUUGGAACUAUGUGAGUAGCGGUACAACAGCUGGUCACAGUGGUCCAAGUCACGGUGCUAACAGUGGCCAUGUUGGUGUGAGCAUCAACACGCACGGAUCUUAUGGUGAAACGCAUAGUGCGCCGCAAGGACAAUAUACAGGUGGGGGAAGCAGUAGUUCACAUGAAUAUGGAGCAAACCGAGGAGGUGAUCAUCGCCGAGAAUCGGAUCACCGUCAGCAAAGCGUUGCCUAUGGUGGACACCCGCGGCCAUCAUCGCUAGGCGACACCAGUUACUUGAUGGAUCGGGAUGAUAAACCCAACAGUAAUCGAGUGCCUUUGGAUCAAGAUCCUGAACGACAUGCUAGCGAUAAUAGCGAUACGCGUACAAAAUCGGACAACGAGACCUUUACCUCUGACCAGCCAUUGGAGAAGCAAGGCAAUGAUGAAACUAAUGCCCAAUCGCAGACGCCAAAGAAAAAUGCCUAA